AAUCGCACAUUGAACAAACACAAGUAGCCCGGAGCAGACACUGACAGGGGUAGUAUCUGCACCGCGGUGAAGGGCGUGCAGGGCCGGCCCCGCGUCGCCACCGCCGGGAUCGCCCGGCCCCAGCCCAGGAGCUUUCCCCCAUUUCUUUCCCACUCCCCUUUUUUUGUCUUCCGUAGCUUGGGGAGGAAAUAAUUCCCCAGCUUUUUAACUUUUAAAGCCAUCUUGUUCCUCCGAGGUCUGCGUCCCUGGACCAUGUAGUCUGCACAGGACCCGGGAAUCAGAAAUUGCAGGCGACAAGGCGGUGCUGAGAAAUGCCACGGCAGUGGCCCCGCCGUGCGCCCAGGCCUUCGUAGGCCGAGGGACAGAGCCCCAAGGCCAAAGUCAGGAAGCGGCGCUGUUGUUUAUGGAGCUUUGGGCGGGGGUUGAGCCCGCGGUCUCGCCCCCCGCCCGCCGCACAGGCCAUGUCGCCCCAUCUGCGAACCGAGCCACGGCCGCCGGGCCUCAGGGGCUGAGCCGAGAGCCCCCGGAGGAGGAGGCGCGGCGGCGGAGCCGGAGCGGGAGCCGCGGCCGCGGCGGGCAGCGCGGGACCCAGUACUAUGGCUGUGUACUGCUAUGCACUCAACAGCCUGGUGAUCAUGAAUAGCUCCAACCAGGUGAAGAGCGGCGGCGGCCCCCGGCCCAGCAGCAGCGAGACCCCCCCGCCGCCGGGGAGCGCCGUGUUGAGCCCCGGCAGCGUUUUCAGCCCCGGGAGAGGCGCCUCUUUCCUCUUCCCCCCAAACGAGUCGUUGUCGCCCGAGGAGCCCGGGAGUCCCGGGGGCUGGCGGAGUGGCCGGCGCAGGCUGAAUAGUAGCAGUGGCAGCGGCAGCGGCAGCAGCAGCAGCGUGGGCAGCCCGAGUUGGGCGGGUCGCCUGAGAGGGGACGGGCCGCAGAUGGUGACCGCCGGUCCCCUCUCCCCUCCAGGGCCGGAGGAGGCCCAGAGGAAGCUGCGAAUCCUGCAGCGCGAGUUGCAGAACGUGCAGGUGAAUCAGAAAGUGGGCAUGUUCGAGGCGCACAUCCAGGCGCAGAGCUCUGCCACUCAAGCGCCCCGCAGCCCGCGUCUGGGCAGGGCGCGUUCGCCCUCCCCGUGCCCCUUCCGCAGCAGCAGUCAGCCCCCAGGAAGGGUUCUGGCUACGAGCGAGGAACGGAGGACCAAGUCCUGGGGGGACCACUGUCCAGAGACUUCAGAGGCCGACUCGGGGAGGAGAGCAGGGGCGCCCAGCCUAUGCCUCUCCAAGGACAAGGAAGGAGUGGCACCUUUUACUGGCCCGAUCGUCUCGUCAGGAUCAGGGACUCAGGGUCCCGUCGCUGCGGUGGGCACGGAGAAGGGGGUCCCUGCCAGACCCCACCGUGGCUCACCUGUAGCUAUGGAAAUUGACAAGAGUGUCUCUUCCCCUUUGGGAACGCAGAGCUGCCAAGCUCCCUCUUUGGUGCCUCUUGGAGCGAACUCAGUGAUGGCCACAGAAGUGGCAGCGAGCACCACAUCGGCUGGGUCACACCAUUCUCACGACCCUGUCCUCAUGGAGCUGUCUGAGAGGGCCCCUGAACUUGGGGGUGUGCACCCCGUGGAGGUCCUGGUGGAGAGUCAGAGACAGUCUCUGGGCAGUGAGAUAAGCCCAGCCCCAGAGAAAGGUGGACCCUGCACGAGAGAGCCCCCAGGGAAAGUGGGGAAAGGAAAUCUGCCCUGUGGCAUGCCUGGCAUUGGAGUGCCUGAAGUAGGUGAAAGGCCAGAGGAGAAGACUGUGACCCUGCAAAGCUCUUUGGAGCCCUCAGAGGCCCCUAGCUGGUUCAGGCCACCUGAACACCUGGGCUCGGUAGGCCCAGAGGUGACUCAGAGUGGGGCUGCAGUGGUUGAGUCUCCACAGCACUCCAAGAGAGUAGAGGAAGAGUCUCCACUAUUGGGCUUGCGUGGGGGCAGCAGCUCAGCACAGCCAGAAAGGCGGGAGGUGGAGGCUUCGCCCUGUUGGGAAGCAGCAAAAGGUCAGAAAGAGCCUCAGGGCCUUCCUGGGGACAGGGUGGGAGCGCAGUCUGGGAGCUCCAGAGCUUGGCUGGACCCCAUGGAGGACGCUGGUCUGGCCUGGACGUGUGGCACAGGGGCACAAUCCCAGGGGAUUUGGGGAAGCCCACCCCAGGACAGAGCUGCCCACCCCAGCCCAGAGCUGCUCUCCCCAGAACAGAAGGACAAGCCUUUCCUGAGAGAAGCCUGCAGCCCCACCAAUAUACCUGCCGUCAUCAUCACGGACAUGGGUGCCCAGGAGGACGGUGUCUUAGAGGAGCCACAGGGCAGCCCGCUGGGCACACUGUCCCUGAGGAAACUGUCCUCUUCCUCUGCCUCCUCCACUGGCUUCUCCUCCUCCUAUGAUGACUCAGAAGAGGACAUCUCCAGUGACCCUGAGCGCUGCCUGGACCCCAACUCUGCUUUCCUGCAUACCCUGGACCAGCAGAAGCCCAGAGUGAGCAAAUCAUGGAGGAAAAUCAAAAACAUGGUGCACUGGUCUCCCUUUGUCAUGUCCUUCAAGAAGAAGUACCCCUGGAUACAGCUGGCGGGACACGCAGGGAGUUUCAAGGCAGCUGCCAAUGGCCGGAUCCUGAAGAAACACUGUGAGUCGGAGCAGCGCUGCCUGGACCGGCUGAUGGCUGAUGUGCUGAAGCCCUAUGUGCCUGCCUACCACGGGGACGUGGUAAAGGAUGGGGAGCGCUACAACCAGAUGGACGACCUGCUAGCCGACUUUGACUCGCCGUGCGUGAUGGACUGCAAGAUGGGCGUCAGAACCUACCUGGAAGAGGAGCUCACCAAGGCCCGGAAGAAACCCAGCCUCCGGAAGGAUAUGUACCAGAAGAUGAUUGAGGUGGACCCUGAGGCCCCGACCGAGGAGGAGAAAGCCCAGCGGGCUGUGACCAAGCCACGGUACAUGCAGUGGAGGGAGACCAUCAGCUCUACAGCCACGCUCGGCUUCAGGAUCGAGGGCAUCAAGAAAGAAGACGGCUCUGUGAACCGGGACUUCAAGAAGACCAAAACACGGGAGCAGGUCACCGAGGCCUUCAGAGAAUUCACGAAAGGAAACCGUAACAUCCUGAUUGCCUACCGGGACCGGCUAAAGGACAUUCGGGCCACCCUAGAAGUUUCUCCCUUCUUCAAGAGCCACGAGGUCAUCGGCAGCUCACUCCUCUUCAUCCAUGACAAGAAGGAACAGGCCAAGGUGUGGAUGAUCGACUUUGGGAAAACGACACCCCUGCCUGAGGGCCAGACCCUGCAGCACGAUAUCCCCUGGCAGGAAGGGAACCGAGAGGACGGCUACCUCUCGGGCCUAAACAACCUCAUUGACAUCCUGACGGAAAUGUGCCCGGGUCCGGGCACCCCCCUUGCCUGAGGACACCCCGCACCCACCUCACUGCCACCCUUGGUCCCUUUUCUCCCUCUUUGGCUUCCUUUCUUCUUAAUUUUUCUUUCACUUCUACCUGGGUGCAGGCCCCAGAACUGACCCUCCCGAACUGCACUACAAGACACUUUGUAGAAGAGAAGACAGACUUUCUAAUUAUUUUCCUAAUUGAAGGGCUUGGAGCUGGGGCUUGCACUUCUCUCUGUAAAUAGAAUCUCCUACUAGAAGAGUAAUAAUGCCUGCAGGGUAUGUCAGUUGGGUUUAGAUCUGGAUGAGGCUCCGGGCCCCCUGGGUAGGCUACCUGUGGGGACCUGCUGCCCCCUGGCGGCAGGUGCCAUUAGCACCACAGCUCAGCACAGCGCAUUUCUGCCGGGUCCUCCCAGCCUGGCAGGGGGCUGUUCAGAGCCUUGUUCAGCAGGUGCCGGCUUUUUUGUGGUUGGGACGCAGAAUCACUAGGAGCCGCAUGUGGGCCAUGAGUAAAGCCUUCUCUGCUUAGCAGCUCAGGGGCUCCCAGAGACCUGUGGUGGCCUUUGUAGGGCUGCUAAAGCCGGGCCCUUCACCGGCUGGUUGAAACCAUCCAGCUUUGUUGGUGCCAGACCCAGGAGCCAGGAGAAGGCCUGAGCCCACCUGGCUGUGCUCUCUGAUGCUGGCCUUCCCAGUUGGGGGCAGGCAGGAGCUGUGUUCUUCUACCUGUGACGAUUGCCCAUGAAUUCGGAGGGAUGCUCUGCACACCUGAGCUUCCAGGGCUCUACCCCACCCCCAAAACCACUUGUGCCUUUCACUCCCCACCUCGAUGUGGCAAGGCCAGGGGGCUGAGUGGGAGUGGGCUGGGGUGCAGGCAGCUCCCAGGAGAAGAAAGACAGAGUCUGCAGAGGACACUCCUCACCUCUCCCACCGCCCCGGUACCACCCGGGCCUCCCUGCAAACCAGAGGUUCUUUCAUGAGGUCCAGAGGCCCUGCAGUUCCAGGCGGGGCUUCAGGCCAGAGCCAGGCAGGGAGGGAACAGGAAGCUGGUUUACUGGCUUGUUUGUGUGUGUGUCCCCCCCCCUCGUCUUCCCCCAAAUAUGUCUUAUGGCCUGAAGGGCUUAGACCCACAUUUCCCAAAUAUGGUGUGGGCAGCUUCCAGGGCGUGUGGUGGGUGCCAGGGGGUGCUCCAGGCACCUCCUCCUGGAGCUUCUAGGGGGCUUAAAGAUUCGUGGAGAACCAAGUGUAAGCCUUAUUCUAAUUGUAAAGCAAGUAAGUCUAUAUUAUUGAGAAGAAUGUAAAAUUUACAUGACUUUUUAAAGACAUGUAAUUCCGGCUAUGGCCACUUGAAGCUGUGCCCCCCGGUACCCCCCUUUGCUGUCGGAGGAGAGUUGGGGACCAAGCCAACAGGCACUGGGCCCGUUGCUCCAGAGGGAGCUGCUUCAGGGACAUAAUGGAGGUAGUGUGUGCCCAGGUGUGUGCGUCUGGAGGGACCAAUCCAGAGGGAGGGCUUCCUGGGUCCCCCCUCACCCCCCCUUAUCACCACAGGGUCUCUGGGGGAACUGUCAACUCGCCCAUGUGACACCUAAGUUUCCCCUUUCAUGCUGGGUGAGUGACAGUUGAUGGGGGCGGAGGGUGGGACACAAAGAUGUGUAAGUUCAGAUUUUAAAAAAGGAAAUCGCUUUUAAACUUCUGGCUCUUGUUCAAAAUAGUGGUGAACUCCAGUGUGGGCUGACUCGCUAAAGGUCACACCCCCGCCCCUGUGGAGCACAAGAGACCUCGUGAUAGCCCGUGAUCUUGGAAGGCAGGCGCACCACCGGGGCUGUCCUCACUUAAGUUAGAAGGGACCGCCCCACACCCCCCACCCCCCGUGGCCUGUGUGCAGCUCUCUGGGAAAGGAUCUCAUUCAUUCAGACAUCAAGUGUCUACAACUAUGGGCUGGCCAAAAGUUACCCUCCUUCUAUCUAUGAAAAAAAGUUUGCUAAAGCAAAUGAAUGCUAUGAACAAAAAUUACCGGGACCAGCUACACCUACUUAAAAGAACAAAAUUUCCAAGCACUUUAAGCAAACACCUGUUGUUUGCAAACAGUGUGCUAAUAUGCAAAUGAUUUGUUUGUUGGCAGUACUUUGCUUUGGGUUACAUUAUAUAUGUGACAGUGGCAUAAAGUGGCAUCUUUUUAGGGUUAUUGUAUUCCUUAAGGGGUUCUGGGGUUUUUGUAUUUGCUGUGUUAGUUCUCCUCUUCUGCACCUACUCUAUCUCCCAACCCAUUGUCCCCUUUGUCCUCGCACCCCCUUUGGCCCAGUGGGAUAGAGGGAUCCUGGGAUGGAAGUUUCCAGAACGCCUGCCCAGGCUGUCUGCAAGACCUCCCUGCCCCGUCCCCAACCCCACAGUGUUCUUGGUGUUCAGCACUGCUUAGCCUUCAAGGAAGGUUUUCCUUAACUGCUCAUCCCAGACUUGCCUUUAGCGUCAUGUAAGAAGUUUUUAAGUUAUAUUUAUUUUGUUGGUUUUUUUUUUAAUUGCACAAAACACUAAGACUGAGAGGCUGGACAUUCUGUUUCUCCUGUAAAGCUCGGCCUUCUUUCUAAACUUCUUUCCCUGCUUGGUGGGAAGAGCCUGGACACAGUCCUGGUGCCCCACCCCCACCCCAGGCGGACUCUGUCUCCGUUAGCUGUAUUUAGCUUCUGAGUUUCUCUACAGGUGGUCAGCCCCCGUGUGUACAUAACACAUGCGCCUUCUUGGGAAGCAGGGUGUGCACCCCUUGCAAUGCCUUUUCCCUGGAGGAGAAGACUCCCCAGAGGGUUCUCCUUCUCUCUGCACCCCUCUCCCCACAGCACGUUGGAGAAAACUGAACUGUUACAAACCCCCCUCCCCCCACAGUGCCUGUCAGAUGCUCUGUAUCUUCCUGAAUAAAGGCCCUGGAGACCA